AUGAAACUAUCCUAUUAUACAGGCUUUUUGGCUUUUCUUUCUUUGGGAUCAUCUUCAUACGGUCAUAAUGUUGAUUCUGGGAACAAUAAAAAUGAAGACCUGCCAGUUAUAGGAUACUCUUUACCAAAUUUAAUCACUAGUGGUAACUCUAUUCCAUCUAAUUGGGAAACCAAAGAUUCUGCGAAAUUGGAUGAAGGGAGAUUUAUAUUAACACCAAGCAAAUCUUCUAAAGGGUCUCUCUGGUUAAGACCAAUUUUAAAGGAUCUGGAAAGUUUUACUGUCGAAUGGACUUUUAGAAGUUUGAAUUAUCAAGGCAAACAUUCGGGUGGUCUUUCAUUUUGGUUUUUAGGUGAUGUUGAUAAGAUUGGUAAUGACCAAAAACUUUUUAAUGGUCCCUCCAAGUUUAAUGGUUUGCAAUUGUUGGUUGACAGUAACAGUCAAGUGUCUCAAUCAAUUCACGCUCAAUUAAAUGAUGGAUCGAAGAAUUUAUUAGAUUCCAAUGAAAAAAUUUAUGAUAAAAGUUUUGCCUCCUGUUUAAUGGGAUAUCAGGAUUCUACAGUACCAUUGACUCUUAGAUUAUCUUAUGAUUCUGAGUCCAAUAAUAUGCUAAAGUUACAAGUUGAUAAUAAAGUUUGUUUCCAGACUAGGAAAAUCAAGUUAUCCAAUAUUUUACAAAAGGGUUUAAAAAUUGGGGUAAGUGCAGAUAAUUCUGAUUCACUUGAAACCUUUGAAAUUCUACAAAUGAAAUUUUAUAAUAAACUUAUUGAAGAUGCUUUAAUUCCAAAUGUAAACGCAAUGAAUCAACCAAAAUUAUUAACUAAAAUUAUUGAUGAAAAGACCGGUACUGAGAAAAUUGUUGAUAAAGAGGUUCUUGAUUCUCAAAAUAAGCAUAUGUCCAGUUUUGAAUUAUAUAAGAAAAUGGAUAGAUUGGAAGGGAAAAUUAUGGCAAAUGACAUUAAUAUCAUAGAGGAAAAGAUCAACAAUAUAUUGUCUAUCCAACAGACAUUGAUUAAAGAAUUAUCUAUUUUAACUAAGAGCAUACAAAAUAAUAAUAACAACAAUAUGAAUAAAGGAGGAAGUAAUGACAAUGAUCAGUUUAAAGAUUUCUUGUCUAUGAAUGAAAAAUUGGAGAAGAUGUUAAAUGAGCAAGCAAAGAUUAGAGAGGCAACUAAACUGGCUCAAGCAAAUCGCGAAGCAGGUCCACAAAUAGAUGAAAUUGUUUCCAAAUUAGCAGUUUGGUUGAUACCUUUGAUUGUUAUCAUGUGUGUUAUGGCAUAUUAUACCUUUAAAAUUAGACAAGAAAUUGUAAAAACAAAAUUAUUAUAA